GGAGCUAUCAUUUGGAAGGUCUCCAAAACAGAUAUUCUAUGAACGGGACUGUCCGUUUGGAAAUGUUUGUCAUUUAUAUCUUGUUUUUGUAUGGGACUGGAGUAGUUUAUUCCAAUUUAUGUCCUAAACAGUGCUUGCCGGGAUCCUGUUGCGAAGUUGAGGAAAAUGAUUUCAGAUGCUGUCCUUAUGAUAAUGGUGUAUGUUGUAGUGAUGGCAGAAACUGCUGUCCUCAAGGGACAAAGUGCGAUUUGGAACUCGGUCAUUGCCGUACUCCUAAUGGGGCUGUGUUACCCUCCAAACAUAUAUCAGAGAAAGUUAUUAGUGAUUUAAAAACCAGCACUUUGGAUGUGGUGCUUACGAGACUAUCAGCACACUAUAUUAUGUGUCCCGAUCGCCAAUCAGUGUGCCAGGAUAACACUACAUGUUGCCCAAUGUCAGGUGAGAUAUGGGGUUGUUGUCAACAUGCCAAUGCUGUUUGCUGUCCAGAUGGAGAACAUUGUUGCCCUCAUGGUUCAGUCUGUGAUAUGGUGCAUCACUCAUGUAAACCAGCUAAGUCCAAUGAAAUCCCAGAGAUAAAAGAAUCUUUCCACACCUUACACCUUGUAUCGGCAUCAGCUCCUGCACGUCUCAACCCAAAUGUCAAACCAUCUAAAGCAGACUGGAGAAAAAAGAUUCAUAAACUAUCAGCUAAGUAUUUACUAGCUUAUUCUGGUGUUGUAUGUCCAGAUCCAUUAUAUGAAUGCCCAGCUGAUACAACUUGUUGCUCUAGUUCAGAUGAAACAUGGGCAUGUUGCCCUAUUCCUCAGACUGUCUCCUUUCCUGGUGUUUACAAUAAAGCUUUGAAUAAGUCUUUUGAACAGAUGUACAAUAAUAAAAAUAGUUCAUAUUCUGUUGCAAAUUUUAAUUUAAUUUAUAUGAACUUAUCAACAUUAAAUGGCACACAAUUGUGUCCAGAUGCAAAAUCUCGCUGUAGCGAUGAACAAACAUGUUGCAAACUAAAAACUGGAGAGUGGGGUUGCUGCCCUGUAAAAAAUGCUGUAUGUUGCAGUGAUGGGGAACAUUGUUGUCCUGAAGGUUAUGAAUGUGAUUUAUCUGUUGGAGAGUGUAUAAAACAUUCUAAAUCAUCAAAUGAAUCGAAAAAGUUUUCAUCAAACACUAUUCUUACAUCAUUACCAACAAAAAUGGAAGAUAAUAAUCGUUGUCCUGACAGUGAUAUUUAUUGUGCAGAUAAUUCAACUUGUUGUAAACAUGAAAAUGAAUGGGGUUGUUGCUUGUUCCCAAAUGCAGUCUGUUGUUCCGAUGGUAUUCAUUGUUGUCCAGCAAAUACAGUUUGUGAUUUAAAAGAAGAAAUGUGUAUUAGUAAAUCAGGUGAUAUUAUCAGUAAACUACAAUUGAAAUCUACACCUAAAUUUAAUUCAUUCCAAUAUAAUUCACGUAUUCAUAUUUGCUCUGAUAUGAAAUCUGUUUGUAUUAAUGGUACAUGUUGUUCCAAUGUAAAUGAUCAAUUAUCAACACUGUGUUGUCCUUAUGAAAAUGCCGUUUGUUGCAACGAUGGUGAACACUGUUGCCCGAAGGGUACAACAUGUGAUAUGGUCAAUGGUGGUUGUAUUGUUUCACAAGAAGAUUUAUCAAAAUCUAAUUCUGUUCCAUUGCUUACCAAGAUCGCAGCUUUACAUGUUACUUCCAAAAAUAACACACAAUCUACUGUUUUCACUCAAAUUUGUCCUGGUGGUAAAGCGAAAUGUCCAGAUAGCGCAACAUGUUGUAAAUUAUCUAGUGGGCAAUAUGCAUGUUGUCCAAUUCCAAAUGCUAUUUGUUGUACAGAUGAUAUUCACUGUUGUCCAUCAGGAACUUCAUGUGACUACAAAACUCUAUCAUGUGUGAAAACGGACAAUGGUCACUCAAUUGGAAGCCCAACAGCUAAUGAAUUAUUACGUAAUCCUGGAUUAUUGUUUACUGGAGUACGUGAUCAUGCUUGCCCUGAUCAUCAAUCUAUAUGUGCUGAUGAUCUUACUUGUUGUCGAUUGCCUGAUAAAUCAUGGGGUUGUUGUCCACUGAAAAAUGGUGUUUGUUGUGGUGAUCAUCUUCAUUGUUGUCCAUCUGGUUCAAUUUGUGAUUUGGAUACAAAACAGUGCAUUUUACAAAUUGAAUUCAAUCAAUCUACCACAAAUAUAGUUUAUGAUGGGUUUACUAUGCACAAAGCUAAUCAAAAGUUAUCAGGUAGUUUAUAUUCACGACCAGUAAAAUCUGUUAGUACUACUGAUACUUCUGUACAAGCAAAAUGGUGUGGAGCAUGUGGCGACACUUGGGCUUGUUGUCCAGAUGCUACUUUUAAUUCAUGGUCAUGUUGUCCUUAUGUAGGCGUAAGUUACAAUGAUAAUUUUUAUUGGAUUAUUAUAUUAUAUUGAUAGGUCUUACUACCGAAACGUUUAAACUGUCUUCCCAGUUAGUUCCGAUAACCUAAAAUUACUUCUACACAUCAACUGGAACACUAGGGAGAAAAAAACACGAAUCGCGAAUAAAAGCUUUACUUCAAGGUUAGUUUAUGCAAUCGACCAAGUUGUAAUAUAGCCACUAGUCUAGGUGACUCGACAUUUCAUGCACUGUGUUGUGAUAAGAUGGUGUUUGGAGGUAGUCAACAGGUAACCCUGGACCUAGGUUUCGUGCUGUUUGGCACUCGUCAGCAUAGUUUACCUGUAAUCAUGAGGGAACUGGUGCUCCCUGAUGGAUUCGAUCCCGUGUCACCCAGCUUCACAGUCAGAGACGUUAACCCGAAUUAUUCUUAUCUUUUAUGGAUUUUGAUGAAUAGUUAUUAUCCAUGUGUUAUACAUUUUUUUAAACUCAAUUAUUUACUACUUAAUUGGUUUGUGUAGACUGUAGGAAUAUCUAUUUUAUUGUUAAUUUAGGGAGAAUGUUGUAUUGGACAAAAUACUUGUUGUCCACCUGGAUCACGUUGUUUAAAUAAUGGGAAAUGUGAAAAGAUCCCAAAGAAUAUCUUUAAAUCAUCUGCACCUACUUUAAUACCAUCUAUUUCAAUGAAUAACAAUAUACAAAGAUCACAUUUCAUUAAACAAAAUAAUGCAAAAGAAAAUUUCCCGAUAGAAAUGUCCAACAGUGCUAAACCUGCUCAAAGGAAUAUCCUUCUUCUUGUUCGUCAUUAUCGACGUCUUAAACGACAAUUGCAUACAAUUUGCCCUGAUUCAUUACACUAUUGUGGUAAAUCUGAACAAUGUUGUCUUUCUAAUCAAUUUGGCUAUACAUGUACACCGAAUGAGUCCAUAUGUUGUGAAUCUAGUAUGAAUACUUAUUGUCCAAUAUCCAAGGAUUGUUCUAUAGACGGGAAAUUUUGUGUUGAUAAAUAUUAGUCUCAUUAUCAUCAUAGUUAUUUAUGAUUGGAUGAUUAUGUAAUCGUCUAUUCAUCACUUACUAUCAUCAUUCUGUUUGUGUGUGUGUGUGUAUGUUUAUGGAUUACUACAAUUCUUGCCAUUAUUAUAAAUUUGAAUUUGUAACAUCUCUUAUCCAUGUUACUUUUUGUGAUUCUAUUUAAUACAAAAUUCAAUUCUCAUUCUAUUACUGUUCAUUAUUUUUCUAUUGUUGAGAUAUUUUCAUCUCUUUAUUCAAUAAAUUUCAUUCUGUGCUAUUAAUAUUGAGGAUGUUGUUUUAUAUAUACUUGAUCUGUAAUUAGUUUUAUACUUCAAUGUAGUUGAUUUCAUAUGUGAAUUUACAUUCACUUGACUAGUUUCGGUUACUUACUUACUUACUUACGCCUGUUACUCCUCGUGGAAAAGCAUAGGUCGCACUCUUUAUCCAACCUUAUCCUGGGCAAUGUUUUCCAGCUCUUUCCAGUUCUUAUUCAUCCUUUUCAUAUCUGCCUCUAUUUCCCAACGUAAUGUGUUUUUUGGCCUUCCUCUCUUCCGCUACCCUUUAGGAUUCCAAAUUAGGGCUUGCCUCGUGGUGCAGUUUAAUGAUUUACGUAAUGUAUGUCCUAUCCACUUCCAUCGUCUUAUCCUAAUUUCCUCUUUAACUGGAAGCUGGUUUUUUCUCUGCCACAGUAGGCUGUUGUUGAUGGUAUCCGGCCAAUGAAUAUUAAGUAUCUUUCGUAGACAAUUGUUUAUAAAUACUUGUACCUUCUUGAUGGUGGUUGUUGUAGUUCUCCAAGUUUCAGCUCCGUGCACUGGGACUUUCUUGACCUUCGUAUUGAAGAUUGUGAAUUUGAUAUUGGUUGACAGUUGUUUUGAGUUCCAUAUAUUGUUCAAUUGAAGGAAUGCUGUCCUUGCUUUGCCAAUCCUCGCCUUUAUGUCUGGAUCGGAUUCUCCUUGUUCACGGAUUUUGCUUCCCAGGCACGUGAAGGAUUCCCGGUUACAUAGAAUAAAAUAUACAUCGUAAUAUUUCACAACUAGCUACAAAUCAUUCUCAAUUCUGUUCACAGGUUAAUACCUUCUUAAUUGAUUAUUCUUUAAAACAUAAAAAAAUUUAUAGACUAUCGUUUUUUAGUUACUUGUUAGUUGUUUACAUCUGAUAACUCUAUUCAGACAUUCAACUACACAAUUGAAAUACACAUGAAACAGGCUUUAAAAUAAUAUGUACAGAAUGGUUUAAUCGCUAACGAAUAUAUAUCAGUUGGUUACAAAUCUCAACUUGAGAAGUAUCUAUGACGAUUAAUGCUUCUAUAUGUCCGGAAGAAGAAAUGCUUCUUUUAGUAACCACAUAAAAAGUAAUACAAUACACGAUACCGAAAAUGACCACCAGUAACUAUGUCAACAAUCAAAGUGGAUACUAAGAAACAUAUAAAUAAAAGGGGUUUUCACGUUUAAACAAAGAUACAAGAAAUAUCCUUUUUAACAAGAAACUGG